AUGACAACCAAAAGUAAUACACAAAUAAGAUCAUCGUCAGUCGAUGGAGAGAAAACGGAAUCCGAUGGCCUUUCCGAAGCCACUAAGGAAAAAGUAUUGGACGCCAUGAAGCAAGAGUUUGACGAUACCGCAUUGCUGGUGCAGUACGAAUUGUCCGAACACAAACCUUUGGGAUGUACGGUGGAAGAGACGGUCGUCCAAGAGUGUAAUUACGUAUUUAUUUCCAAAUUGGUUCCUGGAGGAUUUGCAGCUCAAGCAGGAUUGCAAGUUGGAGAUGUUCUAGUAGCCACAAAUGGAAUGUUUGGUAACGACGACGACGAGCUUUCGAUCGUUGUCAAUAGUGGCGUGGACCAAAUAAAAUCAAUGAUCGGUUCCAUUCCCGAGGAUCAAACACUUCAUCUAUCUAUCGCUAGGGCAACCGACGUUAUGGAAAAGCACGAAGAUUUCUUGGUCGAAUUGUGUUCUUCCAAUGGACCAAGCGACAAAGAGGUGGAAGGAAAGAUUCAAAAGUAUUUGGAAGAAGGAUACUGUGAUGUUGAUUCUCUUAUGGACGAUGUCGAAAAAGACGACGAAGAAGACAUUGUCGCUGACGGUGGUGAUGAUCUAGUCGGUGACAUGCAUAACCUUUGGGCCUCAGAGCUUCCUCCGCCACCACCAAUCGACGGCAACAAUGAACAACCAAGAGAGACGGCUGAAAAGAUCAAGCCAUGGAGUUCUCGUUCCUCUCCAUCUGGAACCUAUGUUAGGGAUCCCGUCACGGGGGAAAUGAAGAAUACUGAUUCCACGGAUUGGUCCAAUGGUAUGGGCAGUAGCAGCAAUUAA